CCGGCUUCUGGUAUAAAGUUGUUUCGAUGUUUGUGCAGUGGUUUUCAACAGCAUGGGGGAGGGGCAGCCUAAAUUUUCUGUUGACCCUGGUGAUAUAACUGAAUGUAACUCACACGUUCUUUCAAAUGCUUCAGAAGGUGAUAAUCUUAGCUUGGACAUUGAAGAGUUAGAUGAUAAAGAAUUCCAGCUUCCACCUGUAGAGAGUCCAACCUUAGAAAGUAUUUUAAACGAGACAAGUUCACUGAGCGAUGAAGAAGUUUCUGCUCAAGUUAGUGGCCUUUUUCGAGAGCCAUAUGACUCUUUAUCUGUCAGCAGCACGGAAUCUCCAUCUGAAAAGAGGGCUCGAAAGCAGCAAAGUGGCCGUGAUAGCAUCAUGCGACAUGUCGUCUUACGCGGAGUCUCCUCCCAGCUGCAAUCAGCUGCCCAGCGCGUGGACGCUGGCAAGCCAACGGCUAUGGCGGUUUCAUCAUUGAUUGCUGUUGGGACAUUCCAUGGACUGGUGCUUGUCUUUGAUCCUAGUCAAGCCUUAAAAUGGUGCCUUGGUUCGAGACAGCUUGGUGAUCAGUACGGUUCUGUGUCAGCGCUAGGGUUCAACAACGACUGCACGAGGCUGCUGUCUGGUUACGCCAAAGGCCAACUCACCAUGUGGGACUUGACCAAUGGCAAGCUGCUCCGGACAAUUAUGGACGUCCAUCCACCACAGACGGCAGUCUUACAUGCAAAGUUUACAGACGACCCCACGUUGGCCAUUUGCAGUGACAGUGGAGGCUCCGUUUUCCAACUCAACUUCAAAAAAGUCCUCAACAAUCGCACUUGUGAAUCAACAUGCAUCUUUUCAGGGAGUCGUGGUGAAGUAUGUACCAUGGAGCCACUACGUGUCACACAAAACUUUCCUGAUCACCCUGCGCAAGAUCUCUUUUUACUGGCACUAGGAACAGUUACAAAAGUGAUUGUAGUGACUUUGCGGCCGGUCCUCCGUGUGCGAAUGACGCAUCCUUUGAAGGAGGACGGUAAUACUCUGCCUUUACUUGGCUGGCAGUUUGUAGUCAUUCAAGUAUCCAAUGCUACACGCUUUGUGGAUCCUGUGCUAGCGUUUGCUCGGAAAAACAUCAUAUUCCUUUUUCAGGUGAGCAUUACACACCCUGAGAAGAUGAGCUUUAUUCCCUUGCAAAGAAUUGAGGUGCAAUACGCAAUACAGAAUUUUACGUGGUUGAAUUCUCGUACAUUAGUGGUGCUAGACACUUCAGAACAUCUCCACGUCUUGGACGUGAGGUCGCAAGAAGAAUUGGAGGUACUAGAUAUUUCUGACGUCCAAAUGGUAUACGGAUCGAGCCAUUUCAAAGGCCAUGCCACAGGUGGAAACGUGAGCAAAGCCAUGGCUGCUGCUGGCCGACGGGCAUGCUAUCACUCAGUUGCUGGCUUUGGCACCCAAGUGCUGUUCCUGGGUGUCAAAUCAAUUCACGUCCUCACUCUGCGCACUUGGCUUGAGAGGAUCGAAUGCCUGUGGAAGCAGGAUUUGUACCCAGAAGCAUUGGCUUUAGCUCUGAGCUUCCACAAUGACACUGCUAAAGCUGUCUCAGGUCUGGUGGGCAAGAAAGCCGAGCGGCAGUGGCAGACGGCUCAAAAAUUACAAGAGCUGCUGUUGACCUUCGCAGACAUGAUUUUGGCAUCUCCCGAAGGUGGCAAGGUCUUGAUGAAUCACUUGAGUGAGACAGUUCCACUGUGUGUGGAAUACUGUAUUGCCCUGGAGUCAAGUGGUCUUUUGGAACGCCUGUAUGAGCAGUUUUCAGUGGAACCAAUGGCCCAGGAUUGUUUUCUGCAGAGUUUAUCCAACCCCAUCCUAGAAGGACAGAUCAGCAGGCUUAGUCCAGCCAUGGCCAAGGACUUUGUUAAUUUCCUUGCCAGUAGGGAAAUGUUUUCUACCCUAGAGAUGUGCCUUGUACGCCUCAACAUUGCGUGUCUGGAUAUUCACCAGGUAAUGAAGCUAUGUUGGGAGCACGACUUGUACGACGGUAUCAUCUACAUUUACAACAGGGGGAUGUGCGACUACAAAACUCCUAUUGAGGAAUUUAUGGCUAUGCUGGAGGAAGCUGUCCAACACGGCAGACAACUCACAGACAAACAAGUCACUCUGGGUAACAAACUCCUUGUGUACAUAAGUUGCUGCUUGGCCGGGAGGGGCUACCCUCACGGUAACAUCGAACCAGCCAGUGCAGUGCCACAAGUGAAGAAGGAAGUGUUUGAUUGUAUCACAGCUUUACAUGGCACAAAGAGCAAGGGAAACGCCAUCUACCCAUCACUAAAGACGUUGCUUCAUUUUAAUACCAGGGAAUUCCUCAACGUGCUUGCAUUGGCAUUUGAGGAGGAAGAAUUGAAAACCAAGUCUGGUCUAGCUCAGAAGCAAAGGGUUGUUGACAUCCUCCUCCAGAUCAUGGUGAAAAGUGAAGGAUUUUCGCCGACCCAAGUUGGGGCCCUCUUUACGUUCCUGGCAAGGCAGUUGGCUAGACCAGACAACACCCUAGUUGUCAAUAGAUUACUCUUUGAGCAGGUGGUAGAAUACCUUACUCAGAGCGGUGAAGAUGCUCGUUUGGAAGAGCGCCAACAAGCACUCAUGGAACUUAUCCAAACUGGUGGCCUAGCAAGCAUGGACGACUCCCACCUGUUGGCACUCGUCCAAAAAGCCAACUUCUACCGGGUGUGUGAAUAUCUCUACGCAAAGCAGAAGCGGUAUGAUAAGAUAUUUCUCUGCUAUCUGAAGGACCCUUCACGUAAGCCUCAAACGUUCUACUAUGCAACUCAAGUGUUGGAGAGUUCAGACGUUGACGAACAGGACAAGAAAAUGCUUCAAGACCAACUGAUUGCGAAUGUUCAAGACUUGCUUGAUGUGGACAACACUGCAACAUCUCAACUAAUGCUGCACUAUUUAGCGCACAGAGUGGAUGAUGUCGUUAAGAAGCUUGAGGGCUGUGAACAAGUCCUGUAUGAUUUCUUGCAAGGGAUCUGGAACAGCAGAGAGCAAGAAAGACAUACAUCUCAGGGAGACGAGUUCCACAGAAUGGACGUUGCCAUACAGGAGAAAUAUGUGGAAUUGAUGUGUCGUUUUGAUCCCCCUUCAGUUCUCAAGUUCCUCCUAUCAUCUGAUGGGUAUCGGUUGGAGGAGACCCUAGAGAUUUGCCGUAAGCACAAUGUGAUGGAUGCCAUGGCACACCUUUUGGAGAAGGCAGGCAACAUUCAUGAAGCAUUCAAAAUCCUCCUGGAGUUUCUGGAAAGCAAAUUGAACAAGUAUUUGAGCAUGGAGAAGGAGGACCAAGACGAUGUUGCAUUUGCAGCUGUGGACACACAGCUCUGCUUCAUCAUUCAACUAUGUCAACGGAAUUCUCCCAAACUAGACACCGCCCAACGUGAGGCAUUAUGGUUUCCCUUACUGGAAGUAGUCAUGGCUCCGCAAAGACUGGCUGAGGGGAACAGUAAAGAGCUACCAGGAUUGAAGAUCUUAACUCACCAUCUGUUGGCUAGCAUGAUGGGCUUUGUGGCAUUACCAAGAAUCCUUCACAAGUUGGUACAGGACCCAACCUACAGCAGUGGCAAAUUUGCUCAGGUGAAGGACCUCAUUGUGAAGAUGCUGGACACCCACAAUUAUGAAAAGGCACUGUUAAAUACCACAAACCGUCUCCUCAACUACGACCUCCACUCAAGUUUGAAUAGCUUGAAGUCUGUCGCCAACAGAGGUUACGCAUCUCAUUCCCCAACGUGUUCCACAUGCCACAAGAACUUUGCGCAACUGGACAACUUAGUCAUGUUUAGGUGUGGCCACUGCUACCAUGAGUCGUGCAUGGAACAGUCAUUGGACAAAGGUCACUGGUACUGCCUGUCCUGUUUUCCAAGGGGCAAGAAGCCCACACCAUUCUCCAAACGCAUAUUGGAGUGGAAUGAUUUGCGUCCAAACAGGAAACCCAAUAUUCUAGGGCUUCCUAGAUCACCUGUGCUGUCUCGAGAAGACCUUAAGCUCAGUCUGUCCCCAGCACCAUACAACAUUGCACUCGAUAUAUGAUGAAAAUGUUUUAUUCUUGGCCAAAUGCAUCAGUGCCUCUCGCCAUCCUGUUCUUUCUUGCUAGUCUUGCUUUCCACUUCUGUUGUCUUGUUCUGCAUUGAAAAUGCAUUCUGCCAAAAUGCAAACAGCACAAUUGAAACAUU